AUGCGGGAGUUGGAGCAGGUGGUAGGAAUCGAGAUGGCUGCUGAGCAGGAUACUGGGCCUCUCCCUGUAAGCAACGUCAGCUAUGAAGCCGAGUCGCCGUUCACAUGUAGUUACCCUCUGGUCCGACGUCAGGGACUGAACGUCGUAGGUACCCUGAAGUGUCGUAUCCUUUCGGCUUUCUUGGUGACCGAAAACGCCGUUUUCUUCGCCCUGCUGAUGGGCGCCCUUGCUGAAUCUGGCCCAAGAUACAGUCCUCCCGCCCCUUCCUAUCACGCCCCUGCACCAGCUCCCUCGGGGCCAGCACAGUACGACUUCAAUUAUGCUGUGCAAGAUAACAUCGGAAACGACUUCGGUCACCAAGAAAGCCGAAAUGGAUACGACACUCAGGGUACCUACUACGUUCAGCUCCCUGACGGUCGUCUCCAGAGGGUAACCUACAGUGUGAACGGCAACUCCGGCUUUAUAGCUGAUGUUGCUUACCAGGGAGAGGCCCAGUAUCCUGCUCAGCAGCCAUCUCGAUCCUACCAACCUGCUCCCACUCCCGCAUAUGGCUAACUGUUACGAACGUUUAUAGUUGAUGCUAAAUUCUAUGUGCAGUUUUGAAAAUAAGAUAACCUUAAAACAUUCACUUUCAUUUAGUAGUCACUUACUGAUGUAAAAGUUAUUUUUCAACAAAAAAAAAAAGAAAAAAGAUAGAGAAAAAGGAAAUGGAGAAGAAGAAAAAAACAAAAUACAUACAAGGUGUAUAUUUAUUUACCUUAAUGGUAGUGCUUUUUUCUUUUUUUUAAGCAAACGGACAUACACAGACAGUUGCACAUAUAUGCAUACAUAUCCACAAAAUAUGUGACUUUCCAGUUUACAUGUAUAUCCAUGUAUGUGUACAAACACACACAUAUAUAUUUAUAUUAUAUAUGCAUAUGUUUAUA